CUAGAAGAAUUAGCCGGGACCGGGAGGUCUUCGGUAGCAGCAGAUUUAGAGACGGAGCCGGACGUCAGCAAUGAGAUCUCCUCAAGAGAAGCUUCAGCCCUAGGCGCUGGGAUGCCCCGUCCAAGCCAGAUGGGUUGCUCUCAAAUUGUUGGACUGCACCCCGGGGAAGUGUUCUGGCCGGAAACAAUACUUCCGGCUGUUCUUCCAGAAGCUCGAAUUUUCACUUGGGGAUAUGAUGCUGAUGUUGACGCCUUCAAUACGUCAGUGGGGCAUAAUACUGUUGAGCAGCAUGCUAACGAUCUCCUGACUGAUAUUGCAAAUUUGUCGGAAAAGCUUGGAAGUCUGGCGAGGCCUGUCGUCUUUGUCGUGCAUAGUCUGGGAGGGAUUGUAGUUAAGGAAGCUUUGAAUAUAGCUUCUCACUCCGAGAUUGAACGUCUCAAGAAUCUGGCAUCAGUAACUUAUGGCAUCUCCUUCCUCGGAACACCACAUCGAGGGUCUGGGUCAGCAACUAUAGGAAAACACGCAUAUCGAAUAGCUCGGCUUGCCACCAAACGGCCAAAUAUGAAGCUUUUAAGGUCUUUGGAGAAAAACUCAGAUACCUUGAAAGGUAUAAGCAACAGAUUUCGAAGUACGCAGCAGAAGUGGGAUAUCAAGAUAUCGUCCUUCUACGAAGACCGAGAAAUCAGGAAGUUCUUUCUGUUCCACAGCCUCAUUGUCGACAACGAAUCCGCACAGAUUGGUCACCCGGGAGAGGAGGUAUCGUCGAUACCGAAGAAUCAUCGUGAGAUGACUAAGUUUACAUCAUCCGAAGAAGUUGGGUUUGAUCGAGUCAGCUCUCAAUUACGUCGGUGGGUGGAUGAUAUCAGUGACAAUUCUCAGGCUUCACACGAAUCCGCAAAACUAGAAGAUUGCCUCUCGAGUCUUGAAAAUUCCCAAACGAGUACACGAUAUAUCAACGUUGCCUCGUCCUAUGACGGCACCCUUCAAUGGCUCUUCGAUCGCAACAUUGUUCCAUUUGUUGAUUGGCUUGAAGAGAAUCAGAACAUGCCUGGUCCUUCUCGCCCCGUCUUCUGGAUCAAUGGAAAGCCGGGAUCAGGAAAAUCAACAUUGAUGAAGUUCGCGAUGAGAGACGAAAGAACCAGAGACAUUCUCACAACAGCUUUGCGUUCAUGCGAAAAUCUCCCGGAAACUAGGCCUGAAUGGAUCAUACUGGGAUUCUUCUUCCACGACCGUGGUUCUCAUAUCCAGAAGUCAAUCGAAGGAAUGCUCCAAGGUGUUUUGCAUCAACUUCUAUCACAAUUACCUAACCUUCUGCCAUUUGUUUACACUAUCUACGAAGAUUUGGUGAAAGAGCAGAGAAAGCCAAAUCCGAUCUGGACCUUUGACUCGCUCUCCGCAGCCUGGGUGGCGUUCACGAAACAACGAAAAGUACCCCUCUCGGCGUGCAUUUUUUUGGAUGCUCUUGACGAACAUGAAGGAGACAACCAUCAACUUUCCAAGUUCAUCUACGAGUUAAUUUCAAGUGCAGAUUGGUUGAUGGUCAGAAUCAAGAUCUGCGUUGCGAGUAGAACCUGGAACGUUUUCGGGGAGCAUUUCGGGACUUGUCCGCAGUUUGCUAUACACGAAUAUACCUCUGGGGACAUCCAGGCCUAUACUUCGACAAGGCUAUCAGCCCCAAUAUCACGCUUGGGUGAAGAGGCUCGGCUUGCUCUUUUGCCAAAAAUUGAGCAACUUUCCUCACAGGUGACCACCAAAGCUCGUGGCGUAUUCAUAUGGGUUCGAAUCGUCGUGGAUGAGCUUGUCAAAGGGAUAAGAGACGGUACCGCAAUAUCGCUAUUGGAAGAGAAUGUCUCGAAGAUGCCAGAGGAACUCGGAGACUUAUACCGGCAUACUUUGCAGCGAAUUGAUACCGACUACACACAAGAAGCAUACAUCAUGCUGCAAAUUACACUUUGCAGUCUCUCGCCGCUUCCAAUCAAAGCUUUCAUGAAGUGUGUCUCUUUCUCGAGACGGGGGAAGGUUCAUGAGCAGGCUUGGCAAAAAUACUUUUGGUAUCGAUAAGGUAUUGAUACUGGAUGGUAUUACUUAGGUAUCGCAAGAAUCGAUACGUAUCGAUACCGAAUCGAUACUUAGCCUUAAAUUAUCUCUUCCA